UAAGUAGUUCCACAAACCUCUUCUUUCUCUGGCGUUGGUGGUGGUGGUAAACUGGUAAUGGAAUCGACCAUCUCAGCAUCCAGUGUUUCUUCUGUUGCUGCUUCUACCAGAAAUGCUGUUUCUUCUAAGCGUCUUUUAUUUGAUCGUCGUUAUGGUUGGGUGUUUGACGAAUGGAAGGAACCUUCAGAAGAAGCUUUAACUGGUGGCAGAGGAAUGUUUUGUAUUUUGCCUCUCGCCAAAGCUUUGGUUAACAUCGCUUCUCAAUCCAUUAAUCUUUCAACAAACUCAGCGGUAAAAGCUCUUGAAAGACCAGAUCAGUUCUCGCCUCAAGCCCUACAAGCAAAUCUCAAUCGGCAGUUUCAAAAUUUUGUUUCUUCUUUUCAGCAACCCAGUUCCAACCUUUUCACCAGAACGAAAGCAGAUUCCUCAAUACUGUCUUCCAGCAGUUUUGAGCAUAUUAGUUCGGAAAUCAGUGAUUCACAAAAUGGCUAGAAUUCUACUAUUUGCUACGUUAGCCUACUUUUUUCCUGAUAGAAUAGAAAAUUUUAUGAUCAUCAUGUGGUGGGAAAGUUUUGGUCUUUAGCCAAAAGAUUACAAACUGUUGCAGAGUAAUUAUUUUCUGCGACUAUAGCAUUUGUUGAUUCUCUGACUAAUUUUGAAAUAUGAUCAGCAACCUGAUUGUCAUCAUGCCUAAUGAAAGAAAAACUACAAAGAGUAAAACUUAAAGCUAUGUUUAAUCUCU